UCCCUGCCAUUCUAUACUGAGAACUGUACAGAAACCAAGAGUUGAAACAUUAAUCAUGAUUUGGGUAAAUGAGAGCAUCAUACAGGAGUUUAUUCUGCUGGGUUUCUCAGAUCGACCUUGGCUGGAGUUUCCACUCUUUGUGGUCUUCUUGAUUUCUUACAUCGUGACCGUCUUUGGCAAUCUGACCAUUAUUCUAGUGUCACGCCUGGACUCCAAACUCCAUAUCCCCAUGUAUUUUUUUCUUACCAAUCUAUCACUCCUGGAUCUUUGUUACACCACAUGUACAGUCCCACAAGUGCUAGUAAAUCUAUGCAGCAUAAGGAAAGUAAUCAGUUAUGGUGGCUGUGUAGCCCAGCUUUUCAUAUUUCUGGCCUUGGGGGCUACUGAAUGUCUUCUCCUGGCCGUCAUGUCCUUUGAUAGGUUUGUAGCUAUUUGUCGGCCUCUCCAUUACUCAGUUAUCAUGCACCAGAGACUCUGCCUCCAGUUGGCAGCUGCAUCCUGGAUUACUGGUUUUGGUAACUCAGUGUGGUUGUCUACCCUGACUCUCCAGCUGCCACUCUGUGAUCCCUAUGUGAUAGAUCACUUUCUCUGUGAAGUCCCUGCACUGCUCAAGUUAUCUUGUGUUGAGACAACAGCAAAUGAGGCUGAACUAUUCCUUGUCAGUGUGCUCUUCCAUCUAAUACCCCUGACACUUAUCCUUGUAUCAUAUGCUUUUAUUGUCCGAGCAGUGUUGAGGAUACAGUCUGCUGAAGGUCGACAAAAAGCAUUUGGGACAUGUGGUUCCCAUCUAAUUGUGGUGUCACCUUUUUAUGGUACAGCUAUCUCCGUGUACCUGCAACCAUCUUCGCCCAGCUCCAAGGAUCAAGGAAAGAUGGUUUCUCUCUUCUAUGGAAUCAUUGCACCCAUGCUGAAUCCCCUUAUAUAUACACUUAGGAACAAAGAGGUAAAGGAAGCCUUUAAAAAGUUGGUUGCAAGAGUCUUCUUAAUCAAGAAAUAAGAAAUAUGCAAAUGAUAAGCUUUGCUAAAGACAAAAUAUUUACUUAGCUUACUAACUUCUCUGCAAAUUGCCCUAUUUUUGUUGUUACUGUAGAGAACAAUUGUAAUCUCCCUCAAAUAAA